ACUCGACUGUGGCGUAGCGUUGUCGAAAACCCCAUAUUUUGUGGGUAUUUUUUACAAAUUGGCUUUUAGCUGAAAUCUUCUGGUGAUUUUUUAACAUCGCCUGCCGUUUGUCAGUUAUGACUUUGGAUGAAGACUCUACGCUAUUAUGCAUGGAAAAGGUUUCCGAAUUAUCUCACGUUUUAAAGAAAAGAGCGACUGAUGAAGAUGUGUUAGAAGCAGUCGAUCAAGUAGUAAACACAAUUGUUAAUAAAAUAUAUACGAAUAAACUUCAAUUAAAAAGUUUAUGUUUGGAAAAUUCAGAAAAUCAUGAGCUUGUAAAUGUUACAAAAUUAUCUCAAAUACCGCGAAAGUUCUUCAAGAAACGAAAAAUCAUCUCAAAUUCCCAAUCGGAUAGCUGUAGCGUUAACGAUCCCAAUGGCAAUGAAGGCGAAACGAAAAGAGCGGAAGGAAGUCGCGACGACGGUGGUUUCGAAGAGGGGGAGGAAGAGGAAGAAGAAGACGACGACGAAGAAGACGACGACGACGAGGAAGAAGGCGACAACGAUCAAGACCACGCUAGUAUUGGAUCAAAUGUUGACGAUACCUCACCAACCCCCAAGAGACGACGGUCGAGUCGAAUUGUAAAAAGUAUUAGUCCAAAUAUCAAUUACGACGUUCUAGAAGACAUCGACAGUGUUAACGAAACUAAGGAUCCAGAAGAUAAAGAUGCCAUGAUAGAGUUGAAAGUAGAAGAAGUUCAAAAGAGAGGUACGAAACGAAAAAGAAAAAAGAAAUGUACUAGAAGGGCUAAAGUCACCUCUUCACCAAAAGCCAAAACUAUAUUUUGCUUUCUAUGCGACGGGGCCGACAACGACGAGAAAGUCUGCUAUUCUUCGUGGUUAGCUCUAGUAGAACAUUUUAAAAAACUCCACUUUGUUAGAGAGCCGAACACUAGCUAUCUAUCGGUUACUUGUCCCCAGUGUCCCAAAAAAUAUAUGCUCCAAGGCCAAUCCGGAACUUGCGGUAGAAAAUCAUUACAAAAGCUUCUUCACCAUAUGCAUCAUUUGCACAGUCUGCCUUGGCCUGAAUACGUUAAUUUAAUGAAAUGCAAUUAUUGUGAAUUCCAGACGUCUUUUCCACGUUUCUUAGAGAGUCAUGAAAUGAAGCAUACAAAUAAGAAAGAAAAGUGUGAAUAUUGUAACGCUCUCUAUUUGCCAACUAUGAAGAAUUUACAUAAAAAGAAAUGUCCUAGAUGGCCCACAACUGAGGCAAUGGACGAAGGUGACGGCGAGAAAAGAACUAGGGGACGUCCGAGAGUGAACGUAUGCGAAUUAGAUCCUCAAGCUAAGAAGGAGGCCGGAAAAAAGUUAUGUACAACCUGCGGUGAAUUCUGUUCGAAUAAUACCCAAUUAAUGCAUCACGCAUUCAUUAAGCACAAGGUGAAUAUGUUCAAUAAACCAGUGGAAAAGUGUCCUGAAUGCGGCGUUGAACUAUUGGCUGGAAGUCUAUUCCGGAAACAUAUGCAACAACACGAUAGAGUAGAACACUGCUGUGAUAUUUGCGGCAAAGUUUUUAAGAAUAGAUUGUCCGUUAUUCGACAUCGAAGUAAUAAUCAUACGGCAAAGAAAAGGUUUCCCUGUCCUUAUUGCGACUAUGCUCCGAGAAAGAAGUCGGCUAUCGACCGACACAUUCGACUUCAUCUGAAAACGGGAAAAGCUGAAGUAGGGCAUCCGGAGAGACGACGACACGUUAAAGAUGGCACAGAAGGCCCUAUAGUCGACAUUAUACCUCUUUCACACGUACCAGUUUCUCAAGAGGAUAAUCACGCUCAAAAGGAUAUUUUAGAGCAGGCAGUUUCAGCUGUUAUUGGAAAUUCUAAAGAUCCAAUAAAUACUUCAUCCAUACUGGUACCAACCUCUUUUACUCCUAAUACCGUAUCUGCUGCACCUCACCAACUUAGUCACACUCAUCAUUCUAAUCAAGCCGCCGUCGCAGUAGCUCAACAGCAAGCUAUUUUAAAUGAAACUAUGCAAAAGAAUCUUCCUCCACUACUCCAACCCAUAAAUCAAAUGGGCCCAAACGUUGGCAUAUCGCAAUUUUUUAUGCCAGCAGUUACCGGUCAAAUGGACGUCCGAAAUACAAUACCAAGUUUUCCAAUAGAUGUACAUAACAGAAUGUAUGAUCCAGGACAAACAGACACGACAACCUUUCAUGUUGGAGGAAAUAUAACCUUUCAACACAAUGUAUAG